AUGGCCGGCUGCCCGCGGAGGGCGGCAGCGGAGAGCGGCGCAUCCGCGGAUGACAUCCCGAGCCCGGACUGCCGGAUCGGCGCCCGCGGCCUGCAACAGCUGUGCUGCGGCCCGCAGGGUGGCCGGAUCGGAGCCCGCGGCGGCGGCGGCGGCCUGCACGGGCGGCUCCACGACGGGCGAUGGCACAGGCGGCUUCAGGACGGGCGGCGGGUGCACGGGCGCAGUCACCGUGGCAGCAUCCGCCCCGGCGUCCGGCGCAGGCGCGAUGGCGGCCAGCGCGACGGCCGGGGCGCGCUAGGCCAGAGGAGGCCAGGUGGCGGCGCCAGCAGGGAAGACGGCCGGAGCAGAGGAAGCCCCAGCACUCGCGCCAGCUGCUGCGGCGGCAUCGGCUGCAGGGGUCGGCAGGGGUCGGGCCCUAGCGGCAGUGGCGUCCUGCAGGGGUCCCGCGGGUCGGGCCCAGGUGGCGGCGGCGGGCUGCAGGGGUCCCGUGCCGCCCGCUCCCCCUGCACCCGCAGCCCCGGCGCCCGCGCCAGCUGCAGCGGCGGUGGAGGCGUCGGGCUGCAGGGCGGCGACGGGCCUGAUCUGGGGCCAAGCUGCGGCAGCCCAAGCAGAGGCGGCGCUCGGCGCAGGGGAGGAGGAUGA